AUGUCAUCAUACGCUGCCGAACACAACAUCAGAGAUGACGAGGAAUCAGAAGAUUCUGAGGAUCAGACAACACAGGUUUCAACUGGUCAAAGAAUUCACCCCACGUUGAAUCAGGCCCUCGCACAAUUUCAUGAAGAGGAUCAUCAUCAAGUACAUAGAGAAGAAGGAAGACAAGUGGUGGAUUCAAUGAUGUCUUAUGUUGUUCCUGGAAAUGGAGAUAACCAGUUGUUUAGCACGAUGAUGAAUUUUUUGCUUAGUUCUCCUGCAACCAUAACGGUUCUUGGGAGAGGAGAAGCAACCGAUAAGGGAGGUGUUGAUAAUAAGUUCCUUGAUACGUUGGAUAGAGUAUCGUUAAAGGAAUUGCCUAAAGAUGCAAGAUGUCCCAUAUGCACAAAUGAGUUUCAGAAUGAUGAGUAUCCAUUGGUGGUGAGACUUCCAUGUGAUUCAAGGCAUUGCUUUGAUCUGGAGUGUAUAUCACCGUGGUUGAAGAUGAACAAGACAUGUCCUUUGUGUAGAGAAGACAUUACAAUAGUGAGGAAGAAAAGGCUUGAAAAGUUGGUGGACGAGGCGAGGAAAGAGAAUGAUGAGAACGACAAGGAAGAGGAAGAGGAAGGGGAAGGGGAAUGGGAAAUGUAUGGAUGA